CCAACCGGUUUCAAUCGCAAAAAGUAUCAAAUGCUCGAUCAACUGCUCAAACCAAUGCGAGAAAUGCAGAUUGACAUUACGGAAUUUGCCGCCUUCAAGACGAUUUUUUUCUUGAAUCCAGACGCUGAUGACGUCACUUCUGCAUCGAAACAGACAUUGAGCGAAGGUCGUAGCUCGGUAACAAAUGCACUCUAUCGAUAUAUGCUACGAAAACGAGAAGCUGAAGAGGCUGGUGACAGAUUCGGACGACUUUUGCUGCUCGGCACUGUUUUAGCCACUAUGGCCGUUGAAAUGAAGGAAGCUGUGCUUGUGGCGGAUUUCUUUGAUCAAAUCAAAUUCACCACAUUCGCCAAACAACUGCUGUUUGGUAUCAAACAAGAGUGA